UCUCUUCUUUAAUUACAUUCUUUUUCCUUUUUUCCUUCUUCUUCCUCAGAGAUCCUAAGUAUCUUACUUUCCUUUUCGUCAUCUUCUUCGAUCAAUCAUGGAGUUUUUCUUUGAGAUGCUUCUCACGGCGGUUGUUGCUCUCUUGUUUUCUUUCCUUGUCGCCAAGCUGGUCUCUGUUGCCACGGUGGAGAACAGAGGAAACGAUUUGAGUUCUGAUCAAGCGGAGAAGCACGAGAUCGGUGUCGGUGUUGAGUUUGUUACGGAGGAGGUUCGUCUUGGUAUGAAGAUGGAUGCUCGUGUGCUCGAAAGCGAGAGGAAUUUCCAUGUUGUGGAGGGUAAUGUGGAACUUGUGGAUCGGUUUGAAACCGAAGCUGAUCGAGUUUAUGAUGUCGAAGAAGCUGCUACAUUAAACGCUAAAAUCCGAGGUAACCGUGAAGCUGAGUCCUCGCCUGCAGUCUCGUCGGAAAAUAAUGUGAUCGCGGAGGAGGUGAUAGUUCGUGGACAGGACGAACAGAGCGACGAGUUGAUGGUUCCAACCACGGAAGCUGAGUCCACUGCUUCUUUCUCGCCGGAAAACGUGGUAGCGGAGGAGAUUAAGAGUCAGGGACAAGAGGAAUCAACAGAAUUAGGAAGAAGUGCUUGCGUAGAAAAGGAAGAAGGUGGUGGAGAUGUCGUAGUCGCUGAAUCUGAGGAGCUUAGGGUUGAAGAGAGUAGUGAUACGGUGGAGGAGAGUGAAACUGAAGCAGAGAAUGAAGAGAAGACAGACUUGACUAUUGAAGAAGAUGAUGAUGAUGAUUGGGAAGGAAUUGAGAGGAGUGAACUUGAGAAAGCCUUUGCAGCUGCUGCAAAACUCAUGGAAGAAUCAGGGAAAGUGGAAGAAAUUGGUGCUGAAGCUAGGAUGGAGUUGUUCGGCCUUCACAAGAUCGCCACUGAAGGGUCAUGUAGGGAGACACAGCCCAUGGCCGUCAUGGUCACUGCUCGUGCCAAAUGGAAUGCCUGGCAAAAACUUGGAAACAUGAGUCAAGAAGAGGCAAUGGAGCAGUAUCUUGCACUUGUCUCAAAGGAGAUCCCUGGUUUUAUGAAUGCUGGUCAUACUGUAAGGAAGAUGUCAGAAAUGGAAACCUCUGUUGGCUCACCUCCUAAUUCAGGAUCAUUAGAAGAUCCGACCAACUUAGACACAACUAAUGUUGAUGAAUCCAGCAAAAAUGAAUUAGUUUCAGGGGAGAGGUGAAUCCAGUGUUUAAGCAGCCAAGGCAAGGCUUGGAGGGUCUCUGGGAUAACAAAGGAAAAUCUAUUCUUUUGCAUAUAAGUAUUUUUCAGUGCAUUUGGUGCAACUUGGGUCGUCGAGAGUGUAUGCAUAAUUCAUUAUCCUCACCCAAUGGUUUAGGCUUUUCAUUUGAUCCCUUUCGUUGAAGGAGUUGAAGGAAACCAAAACACUUAAUUAUAUGUAUACAUAUGUGCGCGAGGAUUGGCUGAUUUCUAGUGCAUUGAUAAUGCUAAGACCUUAUGAUUUAUGAAUCAAGCAACGGUCGUUAUAUUCUCCUA